AUGAAGCCAGAGGCAAACGAAACUGCUAAGUUCUCUCAGUUGUAUAUUCAUGACACUGAAAAUGAGGUGGAAAAUCGGUUAUCUGCUUUGAGUGGAAACGGUGAAAGAACCAAAAUAAGAGCUGAUUUAGUACAGUCUAUAAUGGAAAUGCUAAGGGAAUGUAACGUCCAUGUGAAGACUUUCCGUAAUGCUAUGGAUAGAUUCAACAGUGAGGACGAAUGUGAGGAUCUAUCCUUGGUUUUAAUCAACAGCCGAGAAAAAGACGGGAGAAUCUAUAACCUGCCCACAUCUUCUGAAGUUGCUGCUUUGGUUGUCGGUGAUUUUCAAAAUAACAUGGAUAAAAGGGAUAUAAUUUUGGAGAAGAAAUCUGGAAAACUUAAAAGGAUCAACGAGCUACAUCCUUGCUAUCUACCACUUCAGUAUCCACUGAUUUUCCCUUAUGGUGAAGAUGGAUUUCGGUUAGGUAUUCAAAACGGUUAUACGGGGAGCAAAAAAACUAAGAAACCAAAUAUUACUAUGAGGGAGUUCUUCUCAUUUCGUAUUCAAGUUCGUAAUGUUGGUUCUCCAGUGCUUCUUCUUUCAAGGCGUUUGCUACAACAGUUUCUGGUUGACGCAUAUACGAUGAUUGAAACUCAUCGCCUUCGUUACAUAAGGAAGAAUCAGUCCAAUCUUAGGUCUUUGAGCUUGAGUAAGUUUGUAGCGGCUGCGAAUGAUGGGAAUUCUAACCUCCCUAUUGAAGGUAACCGUAUUAUUAUACCCUCUUCCUUCACUGGUGGGCCUCGGUAUAUGCAUCAGAUGUAUUUGGAUGCAAUGUCUAUUUGCAAAUACUAUGGGUUUCCAGAUCUGUUUAUUACAUUCACAUGUAACCCGAAAUGGCCAGAGCUAAGCAGAUAUUUUCGAAAAUAUAAUCUUAGAUCAGAGGACAGACCUGAAUUGUGUUGUAGAUUAUUCAAAAUUAAGCUUGAUAGCUUGAUGGAAAAUCUAACGAAGAAGCAUGUGCUUGGAAAAACUGUAUCAGAUAAACUUCCCACUGCUGAAGAUAUUGAUCGGAUCAUAUCUGCUGAAAUUCCAAACAGAAAGGAGGAGCCUAGAUUGUAUGAAGUUGUUAAGGAUACAAUGAUUCAUGGGCCGUGUGGUGUAGUUAACAAGGCAUCUCCAUGUAUGGAAGAGGGGCGAUGUACGAAGUUCUUUCCAAGAAAGAAUGUUGAGAAAACUACAGUUGAUUCUCAAGGUUAUCCAGUUUACCGGAGAAGAGAAGAUGGGAAUUUUGUGGAAAAGAAAGGUAUUCAAUUGGAUAAUACGUUUGUUGUUCCCUACAACAAGCAACUUCUAUUGGAGUAUAAUGCACAUAUUAAUGUAGAGUGGUGUAAUCAGUUUCGUUCUAUUAAGUACUUAUUUAAGUACAUUAACAAAGGACAAGACUGUGUUACAGCAACUGUUACUCAGAAAAAGAGGGGACAUGCAAAUGAGGCAGGUACAACAUCUAAUAGACCUCCCAUUUCUGAAGAGUUUGGAAAUACUGCACCGGUAGUUUCUGAAAGCAAUGCAGCAGAAGGUUGCAAUCUCUCAUCAGAAGAUUUGGAGCCUGAGAUUGACGAGAUUAAAAAAUUUUUUGAAGCUAGAUAUAUCUCUGCGUGUGAGUCUACAUGGAGGAUACUCGCUUUCCCAACACAUUACCGAUCUACACCUGUAGAGAAACUAACAUUUCAUCUGGAAGGAGAUCAACCAGUUAUUUACAGGAAAGGUGACACGGUUAAAAGUGUGAUGGAUCGGGUGAAAUACGCAAAGACGAUGUUCUUAGCUUGGUUUGAUUGUUGUCGAGUAUAUCCUGAAGCCAGAUUACUAACAUAUCCCGAACUUCCUACUCGGUUCAUCUAUGAUGCCAAAGACACCGAGUGGAAAAAAAGGAAAAAAGGCUUUGCAAUUGGAAGGUUGGCCCAUGUUUCACCAAGUUCUGGAGAGAAGUAUUAUCUUAGGAUAUUGAUUAAUAUCGUAAGAGGGCCGCGAUCAUAUGACGAUAUCAAGACUGUCAAUGGGGUUGUUCAACCGAGUAAUGAAGAUGCAUGUUAUAAGCUUGGAUUGUUGGAAAAUGACGAAGAGUACAUUCAAAGAAUUAAAGAAUGUAGUUUAUGGGCGUCAGGUGGUUACGUUCGGAAGUUAUUUGCGCAGAUGUUGUUAUCAUUAAGUUUAUCUUCGCCAAGGGUAGUAUGGGAGUCUACUAAAGACUUAUUAUCUGAAGAUAUUCUAUUCCUUGAGAGGAAAAAGCGAAGAAAUCCAGGUUAG